AUGCGGCUCCUUAAAGCCAGUGUGGACACAUUCCAAUUGAUUGACAGAUUGAGAACAAAAAAAUCACCCAAUUGGCAAGGAAUAAACAAGUUGGCUAUUUUUAGCCUCUUUAUAAAGGGAGCAGCUAAUCCAGUGACUAGAAAGUUAGAGGAAUUGAGACCAGUAGACUACAAGUCCGGCGCCGUGACCACUCUGCCGCCCUAUCUCCUGCGUAAGAUAAAUUUGUUAUCCUUGGGAUUAAGUAAUUUCCCAGAGAUCGAUGAAUUAUUACAACCAGAUGUGACAACAAGAUUAGCUGGUGAGGUCCCAUCCACUCUUGCAUGUGAAGACAUUCCAGAAGCACAUAAAUUUCAUUCUGGUAAAGUGACUGAAUAUUCUUUUCCGGCAGGAAAGGUCAAUGAUAACUGGAAUCAUCUUAAGACAAACUUAGGGCAACGUUUAGCACUUCAGUUUAGCACGCCAGUACCCUGCGCGGCGGCGCGCCUGCGAGAAAUGCAAUAUAACAAAAUCAAGGACAUAUCACGACUCAACAGCCCAACUUUAAAACAUGUGAAAGACUUGUUAUUAGGAAAUAAUGACAUCAAAGAACUGCAAACCGACAUCUUUCAGAAGUUACCCGUCACAUACACUUUGGAUUUGUCCUUCAAUAAUCUCCACUUCAUACCACAUGAUGCGUUUUCUGGGUGCAAACAGUUAUCUCGGUUGACGUUAAGUUACAAUUACAUCUCAGAAAUCAGCCGCCGCUCAUUCGCUGGGCUCAAAAAUCUGCGCAUGUUGUCGCUCGUAAACAACAGUCUGGCUUUCAUUCCUGAAAACACUUUUGCUGACACUCCGUUACAAAUUUUGUUCCUUCACGGAAACAGAAUCAAAGAUGUUGAUAGCAACGGUUUUCGAGGCCUCAGUGACCUUAAAUCGAUGACACUAUUUGACAAUCCCCUAAAAUUUCUUCCAAGACAGAUGUUCAUGGGAAUUAAUACAAAUGCUACAUUGGCUGUUUCAUGUAAAAACCUUCGAAAGAUUCCACGAGGGAAGUAUACUUUUCCUUUAAUCGAAUGUGCUCCGUCGGCUACCUUCCACGUAUUCUUCUGCAAUGAUGAAAUUGGGUUUGUAAUGAGGGGACUCGUAGGUUUUAUGUGCCGAAAAUACAGGCACGGUCCUUUACGCAGGUGCUAUAACUGCAGUUUUUGCUCGGUGGGUACCUAUUAUCCGACAGUUGACUCACACACCAAUUGUUUAAAGUGUCCCGCAGGAGGCUUUUAUCAAGAUGAGAUGGGUCAAUAUGGAUGCAAGAUUUGCAGCACGGGUACCUAUGUUCCUGAGGAACAGCAUCCUGGAAAAAGUCCUAAUGACUGUCGCGCAUGCCCAUACGGUACUAGAACUAAUGAAACCGCUGGUUACCGUGCAUGUCGAUGCCUCCAUAAAUUCUACCGCUUGAAUCGUUUUGGUCCCUGCAAAUCGUGUCCAUAUCAUGGAAUGAACUGUGAGGAUGAUACGGCAAUAUUAGCACCAAAUUACUUUUGGAAAUGGAACAGCUCCGAAAAAAUGGAAUUUUAUACAAGUUUCGUCCACAACAUUCAUAUUACCACAGCUAAAUACAAUAAAACCUUCUCCAUUUUUGAAGGACAGUUGCCAAAGCCUCUGAAGUGCCCUUAUCCAGACUCAUGUAAGGGCGGAAUAAACUCAAAGUGUAACACUGGCUACCAGGGUACCCUCUGUGCGGCAUGUUCCUCGUACCAUUAUCUUAGAUUCAACAGAUGUUUAAAAUGUCCUAAGUUAGUGGUCACAGUCAUUUCUUGUGGUCUGAUACUUUUGUUCUUUGUCCUGCUGUUUGUGAUUGUUUUCAUGGGCGACUCAAGACGAGCAGGAGACAAUCGUUUUGUUGCAGAUGUCGUUAUGUCAUGCACUAAGAUCGUUAUUGGAUUCUACCAAGUUCUUGCUGGUAUUUUCUCAGCUUUGCUGCAUGUACAGUGGCCAAUAGUUCUUUUAUCUACGGCGAAAUACUUGAAGUUUGUUGAAGGAAAUAUUUUACAGUUCGCACCUCUGAGUUGCAUUCACCCUGUGCUCCGCUUGGACCCAUUUAUUCAAUUUGUCCUCGCUGUUACUAUAAACGUCUUUGCUGUCUCUUCAAUACUGCUUUACCUCUUCUUUAAAAUGCUUCUCCUUAACAGGAUGGAGAAUUCCACGGAUGAAAACAAUUCCACUUUUAUAGCGGGAAACACCUUACAAAGAAUGGAGGAUACCACAGCAGAAAAUGCCUUAUAUGGAAUUGAGAAUUCCAUGCUAGAGAGUACUUCGGAGUAUUCAACGCGGGAUUCCAAACGGGAAAAACUCUCAAAGCUGAAGAAGUCUUGCUAUCGAAACAUCUUUUUAUUUCUCCUGUUGUCUUAUCCAAUAACAAGUAAGAAGAUUAUAAACAUUCUGCCCCUGCCAGGAGCGUGUGUCAAGGUGUGUUUCUUGAAUGAUGACAGCGAUUGUAUUUCUCUACUGAAGGCCGACUAUUCCAUUCGCUGUUCUACCUCUCGACACACUGACUUUUGGCACAUCGCUGCUGGGUUUGCAUUGUAUCCCAUCGCCUUCCCAAUUCUGCUGCUGGCGCUCCUUUGGAAAUGUCGAAAAUACCCACAAAAACACAAACAGUUUAACUUUGGCUUGAAAGUGUUCUAUGAAAACUAUAAGGACAAGUAUUGGUUCUGGGAGAUAGUUGAGAUGUACCGGAAGCUGAUCUUUAUUUCAGUCAUUCUUCUGUUCGACUCCGAAGGUGAUUCUCAAAUUGGCUUCGCUGUGAUCGCAGCAAGUGCAUCAGGAAUUGUAUACACCAUCUUUCGACCGAUGAAAGACAAGUUUGAAGAUCGACUACAAACAUUUGUGCUUUGGGUAAUAUUCUUUAAUGUCUGUCUUGGUGCAGUUUAUUCACGGCCCACCUUGAACGAGGGGCAUGGAGACAACAAUUCGUUAUUUGUAAAUGUGAUGUUUUUGAUUCUCAACUGUGCCGUGUUGGGUGUGGCAGUUGGAAAGGGUCUUCUCCAUUUGAUGCAUGGCUGUCGACACCAAAGAGACCCUGAUUAUGAGGUCCUGGAGCCAAUCUUGGGGGAGGAAGACCAUACUGCAGAGUAA